CCUCUUGUCUCUCCACAACAGCAGCUGUAAACGCAGAGGGAGAAAUGGUUUCAUUGAAGCUCCAAAAGCGGCUCGCCGCCAGCGUGCUCAAGUGCGGGAAGGGAAAGGUGUGGCUCGAUCCCAAUGAAGUCAAUGAAAUCUCCAUGGCCAACUCUCGUCAAAACAUAAGGAAGUUGGUUAAGGAUGGUUUCAUCAUCAGGAAGCCAACGAAGAUUCACUCUAGAUCUCGUGCACGCCGUAUGAAGGAAGCUAAGAGAAAAGGACGCCACUCUGGAUAUGGUAAGCGCAAGGGUACAAGAGAGGCUAGGUUGCCAACAAAGAUUCUGUGGAUGAGAAGGAUGCGUGUACUCAGGCGUCUGCUCCGCAAGUACAGAGAGUCGAAGAAGAUUGACAAGCAUAUGUACCAUGAUAUGUACAUGAAGGUUAAGGGUAAUGUCUUUAAGAAUAAGAGAGUUCUGAUGGAAAGUAUUCACAAGUCAAAGGCAGAGAAAGCGAGAGAGAAGACUCUGUCUGACCAGUUUGAGGCUAAGAGGGCAAAGAACAAAGCAAGCAGGGAAAGAAAAAUUGCUAGGAGGGAGGAGCGGUUGGCACAGGGCCCAGGGGCAGAUAAACCUGCAGCUGCACCACCUGCUGCUGCAUCUCAACAAACUGAGGGAUCUAAGAAAUCCAAGAAGUGAGACCCAUGUUAUGAGCUCCAGAUAUCCUAGUUGCCAAGAGUUUUGUUGAGCUGUUUUGUUUUGUUUUGUUUUUUUGUUUUUUUUUGGCUUAAGAUUACGACUUUAUUUGGUAUUUUUAGAUGGAAGAUGCUUAAAUAUUUGAACUGUAGAAGCAAUUUUCAUUUAUUUGUUUC